AUGAAAAUGAGAUCUGGAGAGGUCCUUAUAGACUGCUUAGAUUCUGUUGAAGAUACCAAGGGAAACAAUGGAGACAGAGGUAGACUCCUUGUCACAAAUUUACGCAUUAUUUGGCACUCCUUAUCACUGCCUAGAGUCAAUCUCUCUGUUGGUUACAACUGCAUUAUUAAUAUAACUACAAGAACUGCCAACUCAAAAUUACGAGGACAGACAGAAGCUCUGUAUAUCUUGACAAAGUGUAACAAUACACGGUUUGAGUUCAUAUUUACCAAUGUUGUUCCUGGGAGUCCUAGGCUCUUCACUUCCGUUAUUGCUGUGCACAGAGCUUACGAAACUUCUAAAAUGUAUCGUGACCUGAAGCUUAGAAGUGCAUUGAUUCAAAACAAGCAACUGAGACUACUGCCACAAGAACAAAUAUAUGAUAAAAUCAAUGGAGUAUGGAAUUUAUCAAGUGAUCAGGGAAAUUUGGGAACAUUUUUUAUUACUAAUGUGAGGAUAGUGUGGCAUGCAAAUAUGAAUGAUAGCUUUAACGUCAGCAUACCAUAUCUACAAAUUCGUUCAAUAAAAAUACGGGACUCAAAAUUUGGCUUGGCAAUGGUGAUAGAGAGUUCUCAGCAGAGUGGAGGAUAUGUACUUGGUUUUAAAAUAGACCCUGUGGAGAAACUACAGGAAGCAGUGAAAGAAAUUAAUUCACUUCACAGAGUUUAUUCAGCUAACCCUAUUUUUGGAGUGGAUUAUGAAAUGGAAGAAAAGCCUCAACCUCUUGAAGCCCUAACAGUGGAGCAGGUUCAAGAUGAUGUGGAAAUAGAAUCUGAUGAACAGACAGAUGCUUUUGUGGCUUACUUUGCUGAUGGUAACAAGCAACAUGAUCGGGAACCUGUGUUUUCAGAAGAACUAGGGCUUGCGAUAGAGAAAUUGAAGGAUGGAUUCACGCUCCAGGGACUCUGGGAAGUAAUAAGCUGAUUUAGAUUUUU